AAUGAAGAUGAGAUCCCUUGGGAGGACCUGUCUCAUUGUCUUGAGUUUGCUACCAGCUGUUUCUACACAAGAUGGCAGCUCUGUUGUUGGCUCUGAUCAGACCCUCAUUGCCUCUGCUGGUGAAGAUGUCAUCCUCCCCUGUCACAUCACCCCCAGUGUUAGUGCUGUGGACCUAGACGUGAGGUGGUACAGAGACAGUUUCGAUAUCCUAGUUCAUUUAUAUGAAGAUCGAAGGGAUCGCACAGAUGUUCAGGACAGUGACUAUCGGGGCCGCACUGCUCUCUCUAGAUUUGAGCUGGAGGAUGGCAUUCUCUCUCUGAACCUGAGAAACCUCCGUCCCUCUGAUAGCGGGGUCUAUUCCUGCUAUGCCACUGAUGGAGUCUGGGAUGGACAAGGAAAGACUGAACUGAUAGUCAGAGCUCUGGGGACCCAGCCCUCAAUCUCUAUGGACUCUACACAAGGAGAGCAGACCCGGCUGGUAUGCAGAUCAGAGGGGUGGAGCCCUGAACCUGAAGUGAUCUGGAGAGACAGGGAUGGAAACGAUGUGACAUCACUGUCCAACACAACACUGCUGAGAGUCAGUCAGGGGCUCCGCAGUGUCAGCAGCUACAUCAAAAUCAAACAGCAAUCCAACGUGUUCUCCUGUCUGGUUAGAAGUAAAAUACCCAAACCAGACUGGGAAUCCAAACUCCACAUAUCCAGGGAUUUUUUCCCAGGAGUCUCUGGAUGGAUGGUGGCUUUCUUCUUGACUUUAGCUCUCAGUAUUGGAGCCAUUCCUCUGCUGGUGAUCCAAUGGAGAAGAAUGGAUGCCAUGGAGAGAAAGCUUGAGCCUAUGGCUGCUCAGCGCCUUCGUGAUUUCCAUUACACGAGAAAGGGACACAUUGUUAAGAACUGUCCUGAGAAAGGAGGUAAUGCUGGCGAGGAGAAUGAGGGUGAGCAAGGGGAGAGAGAAGAAGCUGGGCAGCCGGAGGCGCGUGGAGCUGAAAGUGGUUCCGUGGUUUCUGAAACCCUGGCUAAAGAGGGUAGUAAGGUGCAGGACACAAUGAAGGCUCGCGGGAGUCUGAAUCGGGACAGCAACGCUGAGGAGAGUGUGAGUGAGUCGGCCGGGGUUGAAAAACCGGGCAGUGGGCUUCUGAAUACUGAGGUGGAUGCGCCAACACAGUUUUUCUUUGGCAUGGAGAAAAAGAGUGCGCAGCGCAAAGUAAUUCACUGCCUGAAGACACUGUCAGGGGACGAGUUGAGGGAGCCCAGAGAGAUCCAGCAAUGUGCUGUGGACAUCUACACAAAGCUGUUCACAGCGGAAGCUGAAGGACAGCCGGAGGAGACACAGCACUUCUUGGAGACUGCCGAAGAUCUCUGA